AUGGAUUCUCCAUCAAACAUCCUAAUGUUCCCAUGGCUCGCACACGGCCACAUCUCCCCCUACCUCGAGCUCGCCAAGCGCCUCUCCCGCCGCAACUUCGUCGUCCACCUCUGCUCCACCGCCGCCAACUUCAAAUCCAUCGAGAAGGAUCACCAGCACUCCAUCCGCCGCGUCGUCCUCCACCUCCCCGAGACGCUCCUCCCGCGCCGCCUCCACACCACCAACGGCCUCCCCCCCGAGCACAUGGAAGCCCUCAAGGAGACGCUCGACCUGGCCGCCCCCGAGCUCCGCCGCGUCCUCUCCGAGCUCCGCCCCGACCUCCUCGUAUACGACUUCCUCCAGCCGUGGGCCCCGCAAGUCGCCGCGGAGCACGGCGUCCCCGCGGUGGAGUUCAUCACCAGCAGCGCCACCAUGAACGCCUACCUCUUCCACUUCUUCUCCCCCGCGGCGGCCGAGGACGACUUCCCCUUCCCGGAGGUCUACUACCGGGAGUACGAGCUCGUCCACCGCGACCGCCUGCUCGCGGUGGACGAGGGGGUCAGGAGGAACGCCUUUGCCGGGGUGCGCCGCUCGAACGGCGCCGUUUUGAUCAAGGGGUUUAGUGAGAUUGAGGCCAAGUAUAGUGACUACUUGGCUGAGUUGCUUGGGAAAAAGGUUGUGCCUGUUGGUGCCCUUGUACAAGAAGCUACUACUUCCAUUAAUGGGAGCAAUGAAUUGAUCAAUUGGUUGGACAAAAAGGAGAAAAAUUCCACUGUUUUUGUGUCUUUUGGAAGUGAGUAUUUUCUUAGUAAAGAAGAUAUUCUAGAGCUUGCUCAUGGCUUGGAGCUUUCCAACUUCAACUUCAUAUGGGUGAUUAGGUUUCCCAAAAGGGAGGAUGGUAACAAGAUUGUUCUAGAAGAUUCCUUGCCACUAGGGUUUCUUGAGAGGGUUGAGGGGAGGGGUUUGGUAGUUGAAGGGUGGGCCCCACAGGCUCAGAUUCUAGGGCAUGAGAGUGUGGGGGGUUUUGUGAGCCAUUGUGGAUGUAGCUCAAUGAUGGAGAGCAUGAAAUUUGGUGUGCCCAUCAUAGCUAUGCCUAUGCACAUUGACCAGCCCCUCAAUGCUAGGUUGGUGGAGCUCAUCGGUGUCGGUGUGGAGGUGGUCAGGGACGGCCGAGGGAGGCUCGAGAAGGAGGUCGUGGCCGAGGUCAUAAGACGUGUGGUGGGCGACGAGGGGAUCAGGAAGAGUGCUGUUUCGAUGAGGGAGAAGCUCCGGCUCAAGGGGGACGAAGAGAUUGAUGACGUUGUGGCCGUGUUUGUGAAGCUUAUUUGGGAGAACAAGGUGAUGAAGAAGAGGAACAAGAAGAGCAAAUGGCUAGCUUUCACUGAAAUACUCUAUAGCAUUUUUUAG